GUCGGGAAUUACUCGACUUCCGGUCGAGGAGAAACACAAGAGACUUCCCUGCGGUAGCGGAGCCGGAGACACACAAUAACAAAGCCAUGGGAGAAAUGUCCGGCUUCGAGAACAGAUUUCACUCGUACUCCGCCACACAGCUACACGAACUGCUGGAGGACGAUGACAAGCUCCGGAAAAUCGUCAGGGAGAUGGACGAGAUGCAGGAAAUGCAACAGAACAAAGAGCUGACGAUCGCCAGUAACCGCAGCCUGGCCGAGCAGAACCUGAGCCUUCAGCCUGAACUGGACCAUCAGAAGAUCCAGCUGACCAAACGCUACUGCUGUUUACAAGAUCUGCACGAGUCCUUUCAGAUCCGCAAGUCCACGCUAGGAAACAGUUCACUAGACACGCUGUUGGCUCUUUUGCAAACCGAAGGAGCCAAGAUCGAGGAAGAAACGGAGAACAUGGCCGAUUCAUUCUUGGAUGGAUCGUUGCCUCUGGACAGCUUCGUUGAAUACUACCAGAGCAAGAGGACGCUGGCGCAUCUGAGGCGUGUGAAGAUCGAUAAGCUACAGGAGAUGGUGCUGAAGGGUGUUCAUCUUCCUCAGGGUUCCUGUAAUGGUCCUUCACAAGCUCAGGAGACCCUUAACUCCAGCGCACCUUUCCAAAGGCUAGCUAAUGGUUCUCCAGCUCAUGUAAGACCAUCAGCCACGUCACACCCUUACAACUCUCAGAGCAACAGUGCUCCUCUGCCAAACAUGCUGCCGUCAUAUUCACGUCCAUACCCUCAAGGCCCCGGCGCUGCUCUUCCUCCGCAGGCAGGGUUUAUAAUGCAAUGAUGUUCUUCUGCCUGAUCUCUUCCAUUAGAAUGUGAAAGGCCAUUUUCUCCCCUUUUUCUUUAGAUGCACUUUGUUCUUAAACAGCUGUGGGUUUCUGACUCAUUUGUAGGUCCACACAGAAUCUGUUCCCACAGAACUCUGCCAGUUGUAUGU